UUUCUCUGUUGUCUGGACAACUAACGGUUUUUAAUUCAUACUAACCUAAUUUAAAAAAAAAAAAACUAGCAACAACAACACAGACGCUGACUAAAUAAUUACAACGGUCUCACAAUGGCUACGAGCACAAAACAAGUAAAACAGGAGGCGGCAGCUGAAGGGGAUAAUUCUGAGCACGCACGGUUCGGCAUAAACCCGGGUCAGGAGACGUCCCAGCACCCUCCAAUCAGGAAAAAGGCGCCGCUUGAAGGGAGCAGAGACGAUGGUCAGAGUGACGAGAAGUUUCGGACCUGUGGAGCUGGCGCUCCCGUGAAGCCGGACCCAGACGACCUCACCCAAACCUCACCCACACUGGGAGAUGAUAGUCCGGCCCGCUGUUUAACCGUCCUGCCAACGGAGGAAGACAUAAAGCAAAUGCAGUCUGGCCAAGAUGCGAGUGGAUACAUUAAACGGCCACUGAACGCCUUCAUGGUGUGGGCUCACAUCCACCGAUAUGUUCUACAGACAGCCUUCCCCCAAGCCAGUGUGAGAAACAUUCGUGUUCAACUCGGGUUGGAGUGGUCCAAGCUCAGUGAGAAACAGAAGCAGCCCUAUUUUGAUGCGGCUCAGAAACUGAAAGACAUCCAUAGUCAGCGGUUCCCUGAUUACGAGUAUCGCCCCAGGAAGAGGACUCACAGAAAAGAUUUUGCCCCAGAGCAGGAAGCUGGACAGGCAGGAGGACAGCACCAUGAGUCUAGUGUUUCCUUCUUUUUGUCAAAACCAAAGGAGACGCUGUCUUUAGCUCAGCCAAUGUGCCCGGGCCCCACCAUGUUUCCGUGUCCCCCUAUUUACCCCUACAUGGGGGGAUAUAAUCCCUGCCCAUGUGUUCUCCCAUACUGUCUAAUGGGCUGUAACUCCUGCUUCCAGAUUCACCAUUCAAGCAGCUCCAUGGAAGAACAGAGGACACACCACUAUGCUCACCUGCAGAUGGACCAGAUUGCUCUGGCCUCCCUCAGCAGGGAAACAGUGCAGCAGGUGCAUUAUCAGUCUUACAGCAGUAACAAAGUCCUCAAUGGUUCAUUCACAUCAGAGAGCUAUACACAGCCCAGCCUCAUCACCAAUCAGCAGCUGUCUUCAAACGGAAACGAGGACAGCAAAUGUGAGGAAGACAUUGAUGUGGUUGGACUAUUCUAGGAGAUGCUGAGCACACACUGACAGAUAUUUAGAUAGAUUGAUCUGCAUUUGCUCAAAUAAAAGCAGGUUU